AUGAGUCGCAAGGGCCCUCCUCGGAGCAAGUACACCGUCGGAUGGAUUUGUGCGCUUGCCAUAGAGCUCGCCGCCGCCGAGGCGAUGCUCGAUAAGCGUUACGAUGAUCCUGGACCAGAACAUGGACGAGACACCGACAAUGAUACGAACAUCUACACCCUGGGGGCAAUUGGCGACCACAGGGUGGUUAUUGCCUGCUUACCCGGAGGUCAGAUGGGAACAACCCAGGCCGCUGCUGUUGCCGUGCAAAUGAAGUCGCGGUUCAAGCAUCUUCGCUUUGGCCUGAUGGUGGGCAUUGGAGGAGGUGUACCUAGCGACAAAGCCGAUGUUCGGCUAGGAGACGUGGUCAUCAGUCAACCCGAUGGCGGCCAUGGAGGAGUUGUCCAAUAUGACUUCGGGAAGACAACUCCUGAUGGAGCUAAGUUGUCGGGGUUCUUGAAUACGCCGCCUCCUAUCCUAUUGAGUGCUUUGCCUAAGUUGCGUGCUAGGCACAUUCGAAACAAGGAGGCUAUUACAAAACAUCUGUCCAGGUACCGAGAAAUGCCUUUGUUUGCUCGCGACCGCGCGGGAAUAGAUGAACUAUUCAAGUCAACUUAUAGUCAUGUCGGAGGAGAGACGUGCGCGUCAUGUCGCAAGGAUAAGCAAAUCCAUCGUACUCUUCGCAGUGUUGAAGAGCAAGUCAUGAUUCAUUACGGAACUAUCGCCUCGGGGAACCAAGUGAUGCGUGAUGCUGUCGUUCGCGAUCAGAUAGGUUCCCAGAUCGGUGGCGUUCUUUGCUUCGAGAUGGAAGCGGCAGGAUUGAUGAAUAGCUUCCCAUGCCUUGUCAUUAGAGGCAUCUGCGACUAUGCGGAUUCCCAUAAGAACAAGAGAUGGCAGCCUUAUGCAGCAGCGACCUCUGCUGCUUGUGCCACUGAGGUUUUGUCUAUCGUUCCCGCUAAAGACCUGGCGAAGAUGAUGACCAUUGACGAAGCUGAAGUGCUUCGAUCAGCCGUCGAAAUAGUUCCCUUUGACACAUUCGUCUCUUUAUUGUCAUCAUUCGACCAGGAUAAACACAGAUCCAACAUCCCAGAGCUGGACCCGUAUGACCCUCAGCACUUUUGGGUUUUCAAAAAUAUCGAUUUCCGGGUGUGGUACGGAUCAGGCGCACCAGGUAGCCUUCUUUUGUAUGGACCACCUGAAUGCUGCCUUGACCAAAUAUCGGCAUACGUAAUCGACCAGGUGAAAAAUGUUUCCAGGUCGACAAGAAUCUUUUACUUUUCGUUCUCCACUGCGCAGUCGGGCAGCUCUUUGCUUUCUAUCUUCGUGCAUACCAUUCUUCGUCAACUCAUAUCAUUCACCUCAUCUAAGCACCGGACGUCCACUGUCAAAUCAUUUCUUCAUUUUCUACGCGAGAAGCUUCUGAUGGAAGGAAGCAGGAUCCAUGUUGACCCUGAAGCUUCCCCGAAAAAAAUCGUGCAGCAGAUCCUGAAAACAUCGGCCUCGGAAGAACUUUGGUCUUCGUUGCUCAACCUUUUUAAUGCCUUUGACCAGGACUUCUUACUGGUUAUUGACGAUAUGGAUAAGGCUAGACCUGGCGGAGAAAAGUUCAUCAUUGAGAUGGCAAGUUUUAUCCAAGGCCUUAUCGGGCGAGGCACCGGCGUCAAAGUUCUCAUCACAUCUCGCUCGCAAAAUGACGUCCAACGAGCGUUCAGUAACUCUUUAUCUAUUGAAUUUGACAAAGAGAGAAAGGAAUGUCUUGCCAGCUUGCAGUUUGACAAUACCCGCUAUGAGAAGAUCUCGUCAGAACAAAGUGGUUCUUUCGAGUGGAUUUGGUCCCAUCCGCGAUACGCCGAUUGGUCUCAGUCGAAUGAUUCCCGGCUUUUGUACCUUCAAGGUAAGCCUGGCAGCGGCAAAAGUACCUUGACGAAAUACUUCUACAAAAGCUUCCGAGAUCGUGAUCAGAGCGUGAACACAUCGGUCGUGGCAAAGUUCUUUUAUAGUUACCGCGAAGGCGAGGUGCAGAAAAGUCAUUAUAAUAUGCUAAGGACAGUUCUUCACGAUAUCUUGCAACAAGAUGAAACUUUUUUCUAUCAUGAAUUCCAAGCAGAAUACCGACGUCAAGCCGAAUUAGAGCAGAAUAAUAGAUCGGGCUCAGUUGCAUGGGAUUAUGAUUCACUGAAGAAAGUCUUACUCUCACUGCGAGAUCAUACACAAGCUCGCAGGUACUAUUUGAUCAUUGAUGCAGUGGACGAAUCGCAAGAUAACGACCGGCGCGAAACUUUGGAGCUCUUAUUUCAAUUGAGCACGGAAAUGAAGUAUUCCGUGGUGAAGAUAUUCGUCGCGAGUCGACCGGUGGCUGUGAUGGAACGUCGUAUAGACGACUUCCAUUGUUUCAUUCGGAUGCAGGAUGAGACUACGUCUGAUCUUGGGAUCUUUGCAGACUCUUUCAUUCGCCGACUCGAUAUACCUCCGGAUACAGCCAACGAGCUCACGCAGUACAUUACGAGGAAUGCCGAAGGGGUGUUCUUGUGGGUUAAACUUGUCGGAGAAGAGCUACUAGCCUACGAUGAACAAGGUCUUGCGAAAGAAGACAUCAUGCAGUUUUUGGAAGGGUUGCCAACGAUGUUAGGGGUAUUUUACGAACGAAUGUUGGAUAAGAUGGGAAAGGCGCGAACAGAUUUGCGCGAUGCGGUGAAGAUUCUCCAUUUCGUCCUGUUCGCCCAUCGGAUUCUGAGUACUGGGGAGCUCUUACACGCUCUUGCGAUUCCCGACCAGCCUGGUAUUGACUACGCCGUCUCUGAUGAAGAGUUUAGAGGCCGCAUACCUUCUGAAAGACGAAUUACGCAUUGCGGAGGACACUUCGUCGAGAUCAAAAAACGCUCGGGUGAGUCGCUCAAGGCUCGGGAGAUGCCAUUCUCACUUUUCAUAAUCUAA